AUGCAAGCGUUAGUACAUUGCGUGUCGCAGAUCAGCGCUAUUACGGUUGCAUGCGCUGAACCUGAACGGCUAGGCCUUAAGCGUUUCCCAGUAGCAGCUAAAUACGACGAUAUCGUUCAGUUUAAUCCACACGAAGCCGUUUUCGGACCCAGAGUCGUCGUGGACAAACCGGUUCCAGAGGUGGUGCCUAUGGAGGCUUUUGGUCAAGACUGUGGCACAUACUUCCCCCGAAUUGUCCCCUUGCGUACGGCUCACUCAGGAUGA